GGGGCCCACGAGCGCCAGGUAGUUCCAAUUUGCCAGCAGAAUGAAUAUGGAAAGAGACUCGGAAACAACAUUCGAGGAGGAUUCCCAGCCUAAUGAUGAGGUGGUUCCCUACAGUGAUGAUGAAACAGAAGAUGAACUUGAAGAACAGGGGCCUGCGGUUGAGCCAGAACAGAAUCGAAUCAACAGAGAAGCGGAGGAGAGCCGGGAGCCGUUCAGAAAAGAAUGCACAUGGCAAGUCAAAGCAAAUGAUCGAAAGUUCCACGAACAACCUCAUUUUAUGAACACAAAGUUCUUUUGUAUUAAGGAAAGCAAGUAUGCGGGUAAUGCAAUUAAAACAUACAAGUACAACGCUUUUACCUUUCUACCCAUGAAUUUGUUUGAGCAGUUUAAAAGAGCAGCCAACUUUUAUUUCCUGGUUCUUCUUAUCUUACAGGCAAUUCCUCAAAUCUCUACCCUGGCCUGGUACACAACACUUGUGCCCUUGCUUCUGGUGCUGGGCAUCACUGCGAUCAAAGACCUAGUGGACGAUGUGGCUCGCCAUAAAAUGGAUAAGGAGGUUAACAAUAGGACAUGUGAAGUCAUUAAGGAUGGCAGGUUCAAAAUUACCAAGUGGAAAGAAAUUCAAGUUGGAGAUGUCAUUCGUCUGAAAAAAAAUGAUUUUAUUCCAGCUGACAUCCUGCUGCUGUCCAGCUCCGAACCAAACAGCCUCUGCUAUGUGGAAACAGCCGAACUAGAUGGAGAAACCAAUUUAAAAUUCAAAAUGGCCCUUGAAAUCACACAUCAGCAUCUCCAAAAAGAAGAUACAUUGGCAAAAUUCGAUGGUUUUAUUGAAUGCGAAGAACCCAAUAACCGACUAGAUAAGUUCGCAGGCACAUUACUUUGGAGAAACACAAGAUUCCCUUUAGAUGCUGAUAAAAUUUUGUUACGUGGCUGUGUAAUUAGGAAUACCGAUAUCUGCCAUGGACUGGUCAUUUUCGCAGGUGCUGACACUAAAAUAAUGAAGAAUAGUGGGAAAACCAAAUUUAAAAGAACUAAAAUUGAUUACUUGAUGAACUACAUGGUUUACACGAUCUUUGUUGUUCUGAUCCUGCUUUCUGCUGGACUUGCCAUCGGCCAUGCCUACUGGGAAGCACAAGUAGGCAAUUACUCCUGGUACCUCUAUGAUGGAGAAGACGCCACGCCCUCCUACCGCGGAUUCCUAAAUUUCUGGGGCUACAUCAUUGUGCUUAACACCAUGGUGCCCAUCUCCCUCUAUGUCAGUGUGGAGGUGAUUCGUCUCGGACAGAGCCAUUUCAUCAACUGGGACCUGCAGAUGUACUAUUCUGAGAAGGACACACCAGCAAAGGCCAGGACCACCACACUGAAUGAGCAACUGGGGCAGAUCCACUACAUCUUCUCAGAUAAGACAGGGACGCUCACACAGAAUAUCAUGACCUUCAAGAAGUGCUGCAUCAAUGGGCAGAUAUAUGGAGAUCAUCGAGAUGCUUCUCAACAUAGUCAUAGAAAAAUAGACGUAAGUCCUGAAGUUGAUUUUAGCUGGAAUGAGUUUGCUGAUGGGAAGCUUGCAUUUUAUGACCAUUAUCUUAUUGAACAAAUCCAGUCAGGGAAGGAGCCUGAAGUCCGACAGUUCUUCUUCUUACUUGCAGUUUGCCACACGGUCAUGGUGGAUAGAUCCGAUGGUCAUAUCAACUACCAGGCCGCCUCUCCUGAUGAAGGUGCCCUAGUCAAUGCUGCCAGGAACUUUGGCUUUGCCUUCCUCGCCAGGACGCAGAACACAAUCACCAUCAGUGAGCUGGGCACUGAACGGACCUACGACGUCCUUGCCCUUUUAGACUUCAACAGUGACCGGAAGCGAAUGUCUGUCAUUGUAAGAACCCCUGAAGGCAGUAUCAGGCUUUAUUGUAAAGGUGCAGACACUGUGAUUUACGAACGGUUACACCGCAUGAAUCCUACAAAGCAAGAGACGCAGGAUGCCCUGGACAUCUUUGCAAAUGAGACUCUUAGAACUCUGUGCCUUUGCUACAAGGAAAUUGAAGAAAAAGAAUUUGCAGAAUGGAAUAAAAAGUUUAUGGCUGCAAGUGUGGCCUCGACCAAUCGGGAUGAAGCUCUGGAUAAAGUAUAUGAGGAGAUUGAAAAAGACUUAAUUCUAUUAGGAGCUACAGCUAUUGAAGACAAGCUACAGGAUGGAGUCCCAGAAACCAUUUCAAAACUUGCAAAAGCUGACAUUAAGAUCUGGGUACUUACUGGAGACAAAAAAGAAACUGCCGAAAAUAUAGGAUUCGCUUGCGAGCUUCUGACGGACGACACCACGAUCUGCUACGGGGAAGAUAUAAAUUCACUUCUUCACGCAAGGAUGGAAAACCAGAGAAACAGAGGUGGAGUCUAUGCAAAAUUUGCACCCCCUGUGCAUGAACCUUUUUUUCCGCCUGGUGAAAACCGUGCCUUGAUCAUCACUGGUUCUUGGUUGAAUGAAAUUCUCCUCGAGAAGAAGGCCAAGAGUAGUAAUAUUCUGAAGCUGAAGUUCCCAAGGACAGAAGAGGAAAGACGAAUGCGGACCCAGAGUAAGCGGAGGCUGGAGGCCAAGAAAGAGCAGCGGCAGAAGAAUUUUGUGGACCUGGCCUGCGAGUGCAGCGCUGUCAUCUGCUGCCGCGUCACCCCCAAGCAGAAGGCCAUGGUGGUGGACCUGGUGAAGAGGUACAAGAAAGCCAUCACGCUGGCCAUCGGAGACGGGGCCAAUGACGUGAACAUGAUCAAAACUGCCCACAUUGGUGUUGGAAUAAGUGGACAGGAAGGAAUGCAAGCCGUCAUGUCAAGUGACUAUUCCUUUGCUCAGUUCCGAUACCUGCAGAGGCUGCUGCUGGUGCAUGGCCGGUGGUCUUACAUAAGGAUGUGCAAGUUCUUAAGAUACUUCUUUUACAAAAACUUUGCAUUUACUUUGGCUCAUUUCUGGUACUCCUUCUUCAAUGGCUACUCUGCACAGACAGUGUAUGAGGACUGGUUCAUCACGCUCUACAACGUGUUGUACUCCAGCCUGCCUGUGCUGCUCAUGGGGCUGCUGGACCAGGACGUGAGUGACAAACUGAGCCUCCGAUUCCCUGGGUUAUAUGUAGUGGGACAGAGAGACUUACUAUUCAACUAUAGGAAAUUCUUCGUGAGCCUGUUGCACGGGAUCUUAACAUCGAUGAUCCUCUUCUUCAUACCUCUCGGAGCUUACCUGCAAACCGUGGGACAGGAUGGAGAGGCGCCUUCCGACUACCAGUCUUUUGCCGUCACUGUUGCCUCCGCUCUUGUGAUAACAGUCAAUUUCCAGAUUGGCUUGGAUACUUCCUACUGGACUUUCGUGAAUGCGUUUUCCAUUUUUGGAAGCAUUGCACUUUACUUUGGCAUCAUGUUUGACUUUCACAGUGCUGGAAUCCAUGUUCUCUUACCAUCUGCAUUUCAGUUUACAGGCACAGCUUCCAAUGCUCUAAGACAGCCCUACAUUUGGCUGACCAUCAUUCUGACUGUCGCCAUGUGCUUACUGCCUGUCGUUGCCAUACGGUUCUUGUCCAUGACCAUCUGGCCAUCAGAAAGCGAUAAGAUCCAGAAGCAUCGCAAACUGCUAAAGGCGGAAGAGCAGUGGCAGCGGAGGCAGAAGGGGUUCCGCCGGGGCGUGUCGUCCCGGCGCUCUGCCUACGCCUUCUCGCACCAGCGCGGCUACGCGGACCUCAUCUCCUCCGGACGCAGCAUCCGCAAGAAGCGCUCGCCCCUGGAUGCGAUUGUCGCGGACGGAACUGCGGAGUACCGGCGGACAGUGGAGAGCUGAAGCCCGGACUCCUGAGGGCCAGAGGGCAUGGCUGUGCAGAGGACAGGACUAAUUUCUUUUUCUUUCUUUUUUUUUUUUUUACGAAAGACUCUCAGGACUUUUCUUUUUUAAUUUGGUAAUUGGAUUUGUCCCAAAAUACCCCAGAAGAUAGUAACCUGUAAGUCAUACUCCUUGGGUUGAGCUGUUGAGCAAAGCCAAGGAUGCCUUUUAAAAACUCCUGUUCCACGGACUACGUUCAUUAUGAUUCAAAGGGAACAUUUUAAUCCAGUCUCAGUCCGGGACAGUAGAAUUAGAAAGUGGCUAUUUUAGUUCAAAUGUUAUUGCCUUAUAAAAUUAUGGUAAAAAAAAAAUGUCUUGUCUGUGAACUUCAGCAUGAAUUUCCCAGAGACGACUUCUUUUACCUACGGGCCCCCUGGUCACAAAGAUUUAUUUUUAAUUUAUUUAUAAAGGUAAUGAUGAAAGAUUCAUGAAUGUUAAUCACUUGGAAAUUAAGUGGUCCAAUGACGUUUUCAAAGUUUGUAAUAGGCCGCAUGGUUUCAUGUUCUCUUCAUAUUCGUUGAAUAAUGCAGUUCAAUCGUGGAAAAUUACUUCAGAUU